AUGGAUGAGUGGAUGGUGAAUCAAUUCAACGGCGAAAAUGGACUGAUCUACGUUUUUGAUCCGCGACCCGGCGUCAUUAAUGGGGUAUUGCGAGACGAGAAUACUGCAAGAUUUCGCAAACUCGAAAAUACCGCAAUCAAUAUGGGAGUAGAAUAUCUCUGUGGAUGUACGAUUCUGGUGAUUGUAUCCUCACGGGCAGUCUACUUUGCGCAUUUUUUCGAGAGUCUCUCUUGGAAUCCUGAUAGGGACAUCCUACUAGAACGCGGAAACCCCAGCAUUGACAGAAAUUUUAGGCUCUCGGUCCUUGACUUCUUAACCACCGGCAGAGACUGGCCCGAGGGUCUUGUCAAUGAAAAUGUGAGGCUAGCUGGGAAGAUAGACUCCUUUACGACAGAAUUCAACACUCGGGCAUUUAUCCUCACUCCGCAAAACCAGAGGGAUCCGGCAGAGGCCGCUGGUGCUGCUACGAGUGGGAGAGAUGUAUAUAUCGAUGGGCUCCUUUACAAGCCCUUGGUCGAUCAGCUCAUUGCGGAAGUCGAGAGGAUCCUGCGGGUCUCAGUGAAUACUUUCACGUACCAAGCCUUGGACGGUACAAACAGAGCACUUGAUGUGACGGGCAGGGGAAAGGCCUUGUUCCAAUAUGAUCCAGCAGCGCGUCCGGGUCGGAAAGGUGUAAGGCUCAUCUUCCAGGGAAGGACCAUCCGAGUUACAGAGCCACGCCGGGCGAUUUUUCCGAAUGGCGUUGUUUACGAGGAUUACUGGAAUCCUAAUGAGAAUAGACUGUUAUCCGAACCUGAGUCACAGGAUUCAAAUCCUGAUCAACAAGCCUCAGCGUCGAGCUGCGGGGGUCAGAUCUAUGAGCUCGGUGACUAUUCGUGUUACGGUGAUACCCUGUGUCCAGUGUUGGAUGGCGUGGCAACUCUGCUUUGCGGGACACAAUGCUAUUUGGAAUCACUUUACACGUGCUACGACUCUGUGCUGUGCCCAGUGCUUGGUGGCGUCCCUACCUUGCGUUGUGGGGGGGACUGUUAUCUUCCGUCGCAGUACAAAUGUGAAUCUUCGCAUCUCAUACAGCUACUACUUCCCGAUGAAGACCCAAAGCAGUCUGCAAGCCAUACCUGGGCAACUAGUCCAACUCCAACCUCAACGGGAGCUCAAGGUAUCGAAGUGGUCUUCAAUGGAACCAUCUACACUAUUGUCAGUCAACCCACCACACUCACCAACGACGGAACAAUUUUAGUCCUUGGGCCGGGAGGCUUCACAAUUGGAUCGACUACCAUUCCCUUCCCAACAGGAACAGAGGGGCCUACAGCUAUCACCACUGACGGUGUCACAUUUACCGUCUGGCCUCCUGGGCAUCACGCAUCCUCCUCGUCCUCGCCAUCCUCUACCUCUGUCGAACCUUCAACAACUCUAGCACCAGGCCCAACUCCCACUAAUGAAACACCCACCCCAACUGCAACCCAAACCUUUAGUCAAGCAUCUUCAAGUACAGUAAUCACAAUCACUGCCAAUGACGGUUCCAGUACGACCGAAGUCACUUUCACUGCUUCUACGCUUACCCCAUUUACAACUUUCACGGGAACAUCCACGAUCACCACUGCUAUCGAUGCCAUAUCAACGAUAGUGGUAGUCGGCCCAGGAGGUGUCGCAUGGAUUCCUACGCACCCCAGUACGGCCGCCUCGGGCUUCCCUCCGUUGCCUUUCCCUUCACAGCCCCCAACCCCGGGGGCCACGGGCACAGCAAUCAUUCCGCCCGCGACUUCGGGCCUUACUUCGUCUGUUUCCACGAGCACCUACAAUCCAUUUCCUUCUUCGCGAUUCACAAUACCCCCGCUAAUCACAACCACGAUCACCGAGGAUGGGUCGGGUGGCCCGACUACCUCGACCAUCACUGGGACAACUGACACAAAUGGCUUUGUGAGACCUAUUACUAUCAUGUCGACCCCAGCUGCUAUAGCAUCGGCAAAAUCAUUGUCCUCUCGCCUCAUGAGUGCUUCAGGCGUCAUAGCGGUGUUCUCCUCGAGCCCGGAAAAUCCUGCUAGCGCAAGUUCGGCUGUGGCUGCCAUUGAGACCGCGAAAGCUGGUGGGAACGACUUUGGAAUUGGUCUGGGUAUUUCUCUGCCAGGCCUGUGUCUGUUGUUUUGUGGCUCAGCGGGCAGUGCUGUCGCAAGGCUGGAGGACCUGCUUAAUGCUAUAACCGGCAUUGUCAGCGGAUCGUCCGCGUCAUCGUCAUUGACGGGGCCACUUGCGGGCCUUGCCAGCAUUGCUAACAACCUUGGGGAAGAAGCCGAAAAUGCAGACCUUAGCGUAACGACCACCACAUCAUCUGAUUGCAUAGGGACCUUUCUCACCAACUGUGAUUUGUUCUGUGUGGUUACAACAAUGCCAGGAGGCACGGCCACCACAAACUUCUGUUAUUCGACGACAUGCAGUGUUGAAACUAACUGUGGAGGCUCGCCUACAACGUUCACAUCAUAUGAUAAUCUCUACUGUCCAAUGACCUACGGUGACGAGACGAUGUCGCUUUAUUCUUAUCCGGGCUACACAUUGGACCCAAUCACAACGGGCGCUGGGGACGACGACUCCUCCACGAGCACGCCUGCAAGUACGGAUAUCACGACAGCUCAGACCACGACGACAGAAUUCACAACAAGUACGGAGACUCCAUCUACGUCGACCGUGACUCCAUCCUCCUCGAGUAUUCAGUCUACUUCGACCACAACCCAGCUAUCAACUACGACCACUGUAUCCAGUACGACAAGCUACACCACCAAAACUAGCUCACCGGUUCCGAGCCCUACCCAGCCCUCCGCAGAAUACGUGUCCAACUGUUAUGCAUUUACAUUUGAGAACCCUUCUGAUACGGAGACAUGCGCUUCCUUCGCAGAAAGAUUUGAGGUUACAGUCCAACAGCUCUUUGACUGGAACUACUCCCUCCAGCCAGCUGAUGGCAGCAAAACAUGCGAUAUGCACACAGCUUGGUCUCGAGGAACACGCAUGUUCUGUAUUGGCGUCAGGGAAAGUUCAACCACAUCCACGACCAGUACCACCGAUGGCCCCGCGCCAACUUUGACAAGAUGCAGCACGUACAAUGAUUGCCCGCGCUGUCCUCAAGGGGAGUGGCGGUGUUGCUUUUCUGGGUGUAAUGGGAUGCUGGUGCCUGGGUCGAACUAUUGCGCCUGCUUCAAGGAUGGGUCAACGCCUGGAGCUACGUGUGGGUGUACAUGA